AUCAGAUGAUUUGAGUUUUUGCAAUUAAUGAAGAUUUAGCGACGUGUCCUGCAACGCUAUAUAGUUACUUCUACCUUCUAAAAAGUCGCGUUAUUCAAAAAGGCGGCAUGUUAAUAGGAAGGAUUGACAAAAUGUGAAAGGAGACUUCUGGCUCUUUUGCAGCUUGUGGCCAACUUUGUGUUCGUUACAUUGACCUUAGUCCCUUCCGCCGCGGACAGUCCCCGCUAUGUUUCCUUUAGACUCUCCGUGGAACAUCUCGUUCGCAGGUUGCGGCUUCCUCGGUAUCUACCACGUCGGUGUCGCCAGCUGUCUGGUGGAGCAGGCUCCUUUUCUGGUGCAAAACGCCCGGCACGUUUAUGGCGCUUCAGCCGGAGCGAUCACCGCCACUGCUCUGGUGACCGGAGUAUGUCUUGGAGAGGCUGGUGCAAGCAUCAUUGAUGUUGCCAAAGAGGCGAGGAAGCGUUUCCUGGGACCCAUGCACCCUUCCUUUAACCUGGUGAAGAUCGUGCGUCAUGUGCUACAGCGAACUCUGCCAGCUGACUGUCACCAUCAGGCAAGCGGGCGGUUAGGAAUCUCUCUGACCCGAGUGGCGGACGGAGAAAAUGUUGUGGUGUCUCACUUCAACAACAAGGAGGAGCUGGUGCAGGCAUGUGUCUGCAGUGCCUUCAUCCCAGUCUACUGUGGCCUCAUCCCACCCACACUGCAAGGAGUGCGAUAUGUGGACGGAGGGAUCUCAGACAACCUGCCUCAGUACGAGCUGAAAAACACAAUCACUGUGUCGCCCUUCUCUGGAGAGAGCGACAUCUGCCCCCGAGACACCUCGACCAACAUGCACGAGCUGCGAUUCACCAACACGAGCAUCCAGUUCACCCUCACCAACCUCUACAGAGUCUCCAGGGCCCUUUUCCCUCCAGACCCGAUGGUUAUGAAGGCCAUGUGUAAGCAGGGUUACAAAGAUGCUCUGCACUUUUUAAAGAAGAAUGGACUGCUUCACUUCAAUGAACCACAGAGAGACAAACCCCUGCUGACUAAUGGCAACGAAAAUGAGGAUUAUAAUGAUGAAGAGGAGGAAAAGCUACAUGUGGAAGCGGUAGCAGUGUUGGUCGAUUCCAGUUCCUCAAUAGAGGAGCAUAUCAUAGAGCACCUUCCACCAACCCUGCACAAAGCUCUAGUCGAGGCCUGUAUGGAGAGGAGGAGUCUGGGGCAGUCGCUUAGCAACAUGCUUCCUGUCAGGAUGGCCUCAGUCUUGAUGCUCCCCUACACCCUCCCUCUGGAGUCCGCCAUGUCCUUGACUCUCAGACUCCUGGAGUGGCUGCCAGAUGUGCAAGAAGACAUGGGAUGGGUCAGAGAGCAGAUAUUAAAAGUGCUACAGCAUGUUCUUCGCCAGGCUUCUAAAAGUAUUUCCCAGCAUGUGUCUGCACGUUUAUCCUGGCAGCUGAAACUGCAUCACUACGAGUCCCCCCAGUCCCAGCUCAGCUCCAGCAGCCUGUUUCCUGGUUCUUCAGUACUUGAAGCCUUCAUGCGCCUCGAGCAGUACAAGAGGCAGCUGCUGUCUGGAGUUCUGUGUAUCAACAUGGACCUACAAGGCUCCUUCAGAACUGGACAGACGUCGGCAGAGAAGGUCCCUCAAUCCAUCCUCUCCCCAGAAGGCCUCACCUUGCACAAAGGUUAUCUAAGCGUUCUACCUGCUGCCGACUCUGGAAAAGUCGUCAGCGGCACCUGAGAGCUUUGACAGAUCUCCUGUUCUACAGUUCAGACAUACUUAUUCUAAAUCCAGGAAUAGUUCAAAAGAAUUACAUCUGGUUUUUUUGGGUUCACAUCAUGACAUGACGGUUAAGCUGAGCUAAUGGGCCAUUUUUAGUGGUUGCAAAAAGGUAUCAAAUUAAAUGUAUUUUGGCUAAUGCAUUGCACUGAGUGAAUUCUGUAGAAUAAUCUGCAAUGUGUCUACUUUUGAACUUGCACAUUUGCUCAAACUGUCGUGUACAAACUUGAAUUUUGGGAUGUACGCAAGACAAAAUGCACACUUAAAGUAGCAUAGUGUUUAUGUUUCAGGUGGAAUGCAAUCAGACCGGUAGUUUAGCUGAGAGUUACUGCUGCUUCGGGUCCAUGUUACUGAGUCCAUGUUCUGUUUGUUUAAAGUAAUUACUGCUUUUAUUUCAGAAGAGAGUCAAUGCAAUAUUGUGGAAAAAACAUUGGCUUUGUAUAUCAUGUAUCGAAUGUCAGUGUCGUAUAUCUUUGCACUUAUUUAUAUGAAAAAUACAACAACAAAAAAAUCAGUUUUCCUUUCAAUAGAAACUUGUUUCUGAAAUGUAAAUGUUUUUCCGAACUCUUUUUGAUGAUGUCAUUUUUAAUGUACAUAAAAUGGAAUUUACAAAUCUUUGAGCUAUCACCUUAUGAAUUCAACAAUUUUAUGCCUCGAAAAAUCAAGCCAUUAUAUGUUUUUGUAAUGAAUCCAAAAACUUGCACUUUCCUAUUUGAUGUAGCUGUAUGGCAUCAAACAACCUACCUGUUUCAAUACCUGUCUUGCACUAUGUACUAAGAAAUAAUAUACCUGUGUGAUUGAGCCUUAACUAAUGCCUUACACUUUAUUGUACAAUUUGACAGUAAAGUGGAAACAUGGAAUUCU